AUGCUGUGGAAGAUCCUGCGCGAAACCGAUGCGGACCAUGCCGCAGUGAUCUUCGACACGGCGCGGCUCACCUUUCGCAAUGAGAUCUACGAGCUCUACAAGGCGAACCGGGGCGAGACGCCGGAGGAGCUGAUUCCGCAGUUCCCCCUCGUCCGCGAGGCCGCCGGCGCCUUCAACCUGGCGUCGAUCGAGCUCGUCGGCUUCGAAGCCGACGACCUGAUCGCGGCUUAUGUCGAGGCCGCGCGGGCGCGGGGUGCGCGGGUCACCAUCGUCUCCGCCGACAAGGACCUGAUGCAGCUCGUCGAAGGCGACUCGGUGGUCAUGUACGACUACUUCAAGAAUCGGGAGAUCGGCCCCGACCAGGUGCAUGAGCGUUUCGGCGUGGGGCCUGAGCGGGUGAUCGACGUGCAGGCGCUCGCCGGCGACAGCACCGACAAUGUGCCGGGCGUGCCCGGCAUCGGGGUCAAGACGGCGGCGCAGCUCAUCAACGACUAUGGCGACCUCGACCGACUGCUGGAGCACGCCGAAGAGAUCAAGCAACCCAAGCGGCGCCAGAACCUGAUCGAGCAUGCCGAGAUGGCGCGCCUUUCCCGCGAUCUCGUGACGCUCCGCCGGGAUGCGCCCUUGCCGAUGCCGCUGGAGGCGCUUGUGCGCCGUCAGCCGGAGCCGGGCGCGCUUCGCGCCUUCUUCCAGGAAAACGGCUUCAGGUCGAUCGCCGCGCGGCUCGGGACCGAUGGUGGAGAGGCAACGCUGGCCGAGGAGGAGGCGGAGCCAAACGAGACGGCCCCCCUCCCCGCCUCCUACCCGCUGGUGACGGAUGCGGCCGCGCUCGUGGACUGGGUAGAGAAGGCGCGCGAGAGCGGCGUGCUGGCGCUGGAGCCGUUCCGAUCGGCCGGGUCUCCGGAGGGGGCCGGCCUCGCGGGCGUCGCACUCGCCACGGCGCCGGGCGAGGCCUGCUAUGUCCCCCUCGGCCACGCCAGCCCCGACCUGCUGGAGGCGGCACAGGCGAGCGCGCAACUCGACUUCGCCGAGGCGCUGGCGGUCCUCGAUCCGGUGCUGACCGACCCCGGCGUGCUUAAGCUCGGCCUCGACAUCAAGCAGACCCUGCGCCUGCUAUCCACGCACGGGCGAACGCUCGCCCCGGUCGACGAUGCGAUGCUGGCCUCCUGGGUGCUCGACGGCAGCCUGCAUGGCCAUGCUCUCGAGGACCUGACGCAGCUCCAUCUUGACCGCGCGGCACCGGCGCUUGCCGCCGUGCUCGGCAGCGGGCGCAACAAGGUUUCCGUCGACGCGGUCUCGCCCGAGGCGCUGCGGGAUACCGCCGCGGCGCACGCCGAUCUCGCGCUCCGCCUCCACAGCGUCAUUCGGCCGCGCCUCGUCGCCGACCGUCUCACCACGGUGUUCGAGCGGAUCGAACGCCCGCUGAUCGCGGUGCUGGCCCGGAUGGAAGCCGCCGGCAUCCUCGUGGACCAGGGCGAACUCGUCGCGCUGUCGGCGGACUUCGCCGGCCGGAUCGAGACGCUGGAGAGCGAGAUCCACGCCCUCGCCGGCCAUCCCUUCACCAUCGGCUCGCCCAAGCAGCUUGGGCGAGGCCACGACCUGCCGGCGCGGGUGCUCGACUGGCGCCAGCUCACCAAGCUCAAGAGCACCUACACGGACGCGCUGAUCGAGCACAUCGACCCCGCAACCCGGCGCGUGCACACGACCUUUACCAUGACCGCCGCGAACACCGGGCGGCUCUCCUCCAACGACCCCAACCUGCAGAACAUCCCGAUCCGCACCGAGGAGGGCCGCCGCAUCCGCCGCGCCUUCGUCGCCGCUCCGGGUCAUGUGCUGCUGUCCGCCGACUAUUCGCAGAUCGAGCUUCGCAUCCUCGCCCACGUCGCCGGCGUAGACUCGCUCAAGGACGCCUUCCGCGAGGGGAUCGACAUCCACGCGCUGACCGCGAGCCAGGUGUUCGGCUUGCCGCUCGAGGGCAUGGACCCGAUGGUCCGCCGCUCGGCCAAGGCGAUCAAUUUCGGGAUCAUCUACGGCAUCAGCCCCUUCGGGCUCGCCCGCCAGAUCGGCGUCCCCCAGGCCGAGGCCAAGGGCUAUAUCGAGGCCUAUUUCGCGCGCUAUCCCGGCAUCAAGGACUAUAUGGAGCGCACAAAAAAGGCAGCCCACGCGGAAGGCUUCGUGACCACGCUCUUCGGCCGCAAGUGCCGGCUGCCGGGCAUCAACGAUCGCAACCCGGCGCGCCGCGCGUUUCAGGAGCGCGCGGCAAUCAACGCACCGAUCCAGGGCGCCGCCGCCGACGUCAUCAAGCGCGCGAUGAUCCCGAUGCAGGGCGCGCUGGAGGCCUGCGGCCUGCGGGCCCGGAUGCUGCUCCAGGUGCACGACGAGCUGGUGUUCGAGGUGCCCGAGGCGGAAGUCGAUGAGACCGGCGACAUCGUCAAGCGGGUGAUGGAAGGCGCCGCCCAUUUGGACGUGCCGCUCACCGUCGAUGUCGGCACCGGCGCUAGCUGGGCCGACGCUCACUGA